AUGGACUUUCUCCAUAGUUGGGGGGUGAGUCUGGCGGUCUAUUUGCAGAAAGAGUACAUUGCCUAUGAGAGUUGGUUCCAGCUGAUUUCCUAUGUAGCAGACCUCCACACCACCUUCUUUGUCUUCUUCCCCAUCUGGUUCCACCUGAAAAGGGAUGUCGGCAUCAAGCUCAUCUGGGUGGGUGUGCUUGGGGACUGGCUUAACCUGGUGCUAAAAUGGGUUCUUUUUGGAGAAAGGCCUUACUGGUGGGUUCAUGAGACCAGGUUUUAUGGCACUGAGUCAGCGCCUGCUCUCAGGCAGCUUCCCAUCACGUGUGAAACUGGACCAGGAAGUCCUUCUGGUCAUGCAAUGGGCUCUGCUGCAAUAGGGUAUGUAAUGGUCACAUCAUUGCUAUCCAUUGCUGCUCAGAGAAAACCUCCUUCUUUGCUUUACUGGCUUUUACAGAUGGUGCUAUGGAUGCUGUUUGGGCUGGUGGAGCUGUUAGUCUGCAUGUCUCGUGUUUAUGUUGCCGCCCACUUCCCCCACCAAGUUAUAUGUGGAGUCAUCUCAGGUAUCAUUGUAGCUGAGAUAUUCUCAAGACAACAGUGGAUUUACAACACCAGCCUUCAAAGGUACUUCAGCAUCACUCUGGUCUUGCUCGUUUUCGCCGUGGGCUUUUAUGUUUCCUUGAAGGUUGUGGGUGUGGACCUGCUGUGGACUCUGGAAAAAGCUCAGAAAUGGUGUGUGAACCCAGCUUGGGUCCUCAUGGAUACGACGCCAUUCGCAAGCCUAAUGCGCAACAUGGGCACCUUGUUUGGUCUGGGCUUGGGCCUGCACUCACCAUUGUAUACUGAAAGCAAGAAGAGCACCAGUUCCCCCUUCAGAAUAGGCUGCAUUGCUAUCUCAUUAGUUUUUCUGCAGCUCCUGGACUUUUUGACCUUCCCUUCAAUGAACCAUACAAUUUUUUACAUUCUGUCAUUCACAAAGAGUGUUGUUGCCCUUUUAGUUCCCACCAUACUUGUUCCUAGAGGUUUGUCCAUGGUUUUACAGGUAAAGAAAGUUGAAAAGGCCUCAUAG